GCCAAAGGAGUCAAGAAAGGGAAGAGGAAAGAUAAAGGAGGCAGACCAAACCCCCAGAGACCAGAAGGAAAAAAGGGCAGAUUAAAUCUGCAGAGACCAGAAGGAAUGGGGGUCUCACCAAAUCUCCAGAGAACUUAAAGAAAGGAGGAUCAGAGCAUUAUCUCCAGAAACCCGAAGGAAAGGUGUGCAGACUAAACCUCCAGAGACCCCAAGGAAAAGGGGGACUCAGCAAACCUCCAGAAACCAAAAGGAAAGAGGGGCAGACCAAACCUCCAGAGAACUUAAAGAAAAGAUUAUCAGACCAUAUCUUUAGAGACCAGAAGGAAAGGGGGUCUUACCAAACCUCCAGAGAACUUAAAGAAAGGAGGGGGCAGCCUAAACCUCCAGAGAUCAGAAGAAAAGGGGGGCUCACCACAUCUCUAGAGACCAUAAGGAAAAGGGGGAGCAGCCCAAACCUCUAGAGAACUUAAGGAGGAUCAGAUCAUAUCUCCAGAGACCUGAACCUCCAGAGAGGAGCAAGCAAGGGAGCAAAGUCCCAGCCUCUUUGCCUGCCUCUGCCCCCAUCCACCCGCCCAGCCCCUGAAGCCUCCCUGACCUCAGAGCCCCUGGCCUCCCAGGCCGCCUUCGGGAUGUCCUGCUGGAGUCUUUAAUUGUUCGCCUCCAAAGGUGAACCUGGGACGCCUCACCUCGAGGAGAUCCUCAGCUGCCUUUCUGCUUCUUCCUUGGCACCAAAGGAGCCCAGGCAGGCGCCAUGGAGUUUCGGAAAGAAGAGUUUAAGAAGUUCACAGGGAGGACCUUAGGACACCUGCACAGGAUCCUCGAAAGGAAGCAGCCAGGAGGGGAAACCAUUGAGCUGACGGAAGAGGGCCGGGCUGUUGAGGUCACAGAGAAGCACCAGCCAGUUGUCGACUGCACCUGCUUUGGCCUUCCUCGCCGAUAUAUCAUUGCUAUCCUCUGUGGCCUAGGCUUCUGCAUCAGCUUUGGCAUCCGGUGCAACCUGGGUGUGGCCAUUGUCAGCAUGGUCAACAACAACACCGUCUACGAAGGGGACAAAGUCAUUGUGAAGAGAGCCGAGUUCAACUGGGAUCCAGAGACGGUGGGCAUGAUCCAUGGGUCGUUCUUCUGGGGUUACAUCGUCACCCAGAUUCCAGGGGGCUUCAUAGCACAGAAAUUUGCUGCUAAUAGGGUUUUUGGCUUUGCCAUUGUGGCAACAUCCACCCUCAACAUGCUUAUUCCAUCAGCUGCUCGCGUCCACUUUGGCUGUGUUAUCUUUGUACGGAUCCUGCAAGGGCUUGUAGAGGGGGUUACUUACCCAGCAUGCCAUGGGAUCUGGAGCAAAUGGGCACCACCAUUGGAACGCAGUCGGCUGGCAACAACAGCUUUUUGCGGCUCCUAUGCAGGGGCUGUGGUAGCCAUGCCUCUUGCAGGCAUUUUAGUCCAGUAUUCUGGAUGGAGUUCUGUAUUCUAUGUCUACGGCAGCUUUGGUAUCUUCUGGUACAUGUUCUGGUUACUGGUUUCCUAUGAGAGUCCUGCACAGCACCCGACCAUCUCAGACGAGGAGAGGAAAUACAUAGAAGAAAGCAUUGGAGAGGGCUCUAGUCUCAUGAAUCCUCUGGUGAAAUUCAAAGCGCCCUGGCGCAAGUUCUUCACAUCCAUGCCUGUCUAUGCCAUUAUUGUGGCCAAUUUUUGCCGGAGCUGGACUUUCUAUUUGCUCUUAAUUAGCCAGCCGGCCUAUUUCGAAGAAGUGUUCGGCUUUGAAAUCAGUAAGGUGGGUAUGCUUUCCGCCUUGCCCCAUCUAGUGAUGACCAUCAUUGUACCCAUUGGGGGUCAAAUUGCUGACUUUCUGAGGACACGGAGGCUCAUGUCUACCACAAAUGUUCGCAAGAUGAUGAACUGCGGGGGGUUUGGCAUGGAAGCUACGCUACUCUUAGUGGUCGGUUAUUCCCACAGCAAAGGGGUUGCAAUUUCUUUUCUCGUGCUGGCCGUGGGUUUCAGUGGCUUUGCUAUUUCAGGAUUUAAUGUGAACCAUUUAGACAUUGCCCCCCGGUAUGCCAGUAUCCUUAUGGGCAUCUCCAAUGGUGUGGGGACCCUCUCGGGCAUGGUGUGCCCCCUUAUAGUUGGAGCUAUGACCAAACACAAGACACGGGAGGAGUGGCAGUACGUUUUCCUCAUAGCCUCAUUGGUGCAUUAUGGCGGUGUCAUCUUCUAUGGGAUUUUUGCCUCGGGUGAGAAGCAGCCAUGGGCAGAGCCAGAAGAACUCAGUGACGAGAAAUGUGGUUUUAUCAAUGAGGAUGAACUGGCUGAUGAAGAGGACGAGGCUGCCCGCAUGGCAUCAGGAGGCGGUGGAGGUGGUUACGGUGCCACCAAAAGCACCAGUUUUGCAAAUGGAGGCUGGACUGCUGACUGGGACAAGAAAGAGGAAUACGUACAGGAGCCUGGCAAAGAUUCAUAUAUGUAUGGCAAGCCAGGAGAGCGGGACUUAUCGUAGAGAUGCUCCAUCCCUCUUCUGUCAUGGGAUGAUGGGGCUUUGGUUCAGUCCACUGGAGUGAGGGGGAAAGGCCUACAUUUUGGGUUGCUUCUCACCCCACACCCUUCACUUUACCACCCUUUCCUCCCCUCAGCCCAUAUUUUUGGUGCAUUGGUAAAACUGUCUGGAUCCACUAAAAACUGCCCCAGCUCCUAGCCUUGGUAAUAAUGACCCAAGAAGGUAUG